CAUCUGACACUCCUCUCUGCACAGGGUCGGUGGUCUGGGGUUCCAGCAGCUGGAACCAGCCCUCCGAGCCCCCCGCCCCCCGCCGCGGGAAGAUGCCCGAGCAAAGCAACGACUACCGCGUGGUGGUGUUCGGGGCGGGCGGCGUGGGCAAGAGCUCGCUGGUGCUGCGCUUCGUGAAGGGCACGUUCCGCGACACCUACAUCCCCACCAUCGAGGACACCUACCGCCAGGUGAUCAGCUGUGACAAGAGCGUGUGCACGCUGCAGAUCACGGACACCACCGGCAGCCACCAGUUCCCGGCCAUGCAGCGACUGUCCAUCUCCAAAGGCCACGCCUUCAUCCUGGUGUUCUCGGUCACCAGCAAGCAGUCCCUGGAGGAGCUGGGGCCCAUCUACAAGCUCAUCGUGCAGAUCAAGGGCAGCGUGGAGGACAUCCCGGUCAUGCUGGUGGGGAACAAGUGUGACGAGACCCAGCGGGAGGUGGACACCCGCGAGGCGCAGGCCGUGGCGCAGGAGUGGAAGUGCGCCUUCAUGGAGACGUCGGCCAAGAUGAACUACAACGUCAAGGAGCUCUUCCAGGAGCUGCUCACCCUGGAGACGCGCCGCAACAUGAGCCUGAGCAUCGACGGCAAGCGCUCCAGCAAGCAGAAGCGGACAGACCGCAUCAAGGGCAAGUGCACCCUCAUGUGAGCCGCCACGCCACCCGCCACCCGCCACCCGCCACCGCGCCCCGCCCGCUGCUGCCGCCUCCUCCUCCUCCUCCUCGUCUCUCAUCUCAGCUGGGGAAACCGAGGCAGGGCUGGGGCUCCCCCCCGUUCUGUCCCCCUCUCUCUGCCCUCCCGUUCUGUCUGCAUCCCCAAAACCACGUGCUGGAGGGGCCCCUUGUCCUGCAGAUGGGAAAACGGGAGCCCAUGAGAGGACCUGCGUGUCCCAGCUGGAGAGGACGAGGCCGCGUCUUCUCUGUCUCUGCUCGAGGACCCCCCCCAUGGUCCCAGUCCCUUUCCCUUGGGUUCCCCCGGCCAGACCUGUGCCCAUCCCCACAUUUGAUCACUGUGACCUUCCGGGGGAGGGGGGAGUUGAAAUGCACAUCGAACUCACAUUUCUUUUUCUCUCCUAUUUGGUGUUUUAACACACCCCCCCCCAUCCCUCAUGACUUCUGACCUGUGACCGCUCCCCGGGUCCCAGAACACCCCUCUCACCUCUGUCCCCACACUGGGGUGGGGACCCCCAUGGAAUGGGCCUCAGGCCCCCAGGCAAUAACCACAGGGCCUGCAGCAAUGUCCCCAUCAGCCCCAAAUCCCACCCCUGUAGGCGGGGUGGGGACUAAAGGAGGCCCAGGACCAGCUGACAGCCACAGCACAACUCUGGGGGCUGCCCAGUGAGGACUGCCCCUCUGGAGAGGCACAGGCAGACCCUGGCCCUGUGAGCGUGGAGGGGCUUCCUGGUCGCCACCCAUCUGGGGACCAGCCCCUUCCAUCAAGACAGAGAUGUUGCCCCAGCGACACGUCAUCACCGACCCCCUGGUUAGGGGAUCUAGGAUUCUGGGAAGGGGGUGCCUGGGGCCCUGGCCAGAGAGACACUGACUGUGUCCCCAUUGGAGAGCAGGCAAGGGGACCCAGCACCAGCAGGAUCUGAGGGAGCUCCAGGCAGACCUCGGCUCAGCCCACUUCCUCCGUCCCCUGCACCCCAGAGAGAGGUGCCUGCCCAGGAGGGUGUUGUCCUGGAGUCGGGGUAUAUCUGUAGCUGUGAGAUACCAGGUGUCUUAUUGGGAGUGUCUGGAUAGUUCUACACUCAUGUGACCCCAUGGGGCUGCAUGAACCCAACACACAUCAAGGUGACUAUGGAACGGUGUAUUUGCACAACUUGGUGUGUGUGAACAGAUGACUUGUGUCUAAGCACAUAUUUGCGUGUGUCCCUGUGCAUGUGUCAGUCGUUGGGAUGGUAUAUUUUUGCAGCAGUCUGUGCAUGUAAUAAUGGUGUAUGGUAUACGUAGGGGUGGGGAGUGUGGGUACGUGUGUGUGGUUGUCCAUAGGACUGGAUAUUUGUGAUGUGUCUGUGUGAAUCUUUGCACCUGCCUGAGCGUGACUGUAUUUUCAGGGUAGGUGACAUGAUUUCUCUGAGAGUGUUUAUCUGUAGCCCUGUUCUAACCAUCUGAUGAACACAGUGACUGUUGGACUGAGUAGCAAGAUGACUCUCAGCCCAAAGUCUGUAUCAGUCAGCUAUUGCCAUGUAACAAAUGACUACAAAUGUAGCAACCUGAAACAACACAUGUUUAUUAUCUCACAUUUCUGUGGGUCACGGGCCUGGGUAUGGGUUAGCUGGGUUCUCUACUAGGGAUCUCACAAGGCUGUGAUCAAAGCAUUGGCUGGGCUGCAUUCUCAUCUGAUACUCGACUGGGGAAGGAUUGGCUUCUAAGCUCACAUGGUUGUCACGGCUCUCAGUUCCCUACAGUAGCAAGACUGAGGGCCUCAGUUCCUUGCUGGCUGUCAGCUGGAGGCCAC